GCUGAGGUGUCAGAGGGCAUACUAGGGAGGGUGAGUCAGGGGCCUGCCUGCCAGACACCCCCCGGGCUCCGGCCCUUUCAAGCAUGAACCAUACCACCUGGGCUCCGCCACUCCCAGUGUGCUCGUAGCUCUUCGUGAGGCCUAGGGCCCUGGAGGACUUCUUCGGGUUCCUCCAGCGACCAUCAUGCAAGGUGGUGCUGGGGACUGCCCUCUUGCUGGGAGGUGGAGGCCUCAUGCUGUGGGCUCAGAGGAAGAAAAGGAAGACAGCCUUAGAAGACGACGAGUCUCCCGAACCCUGCCGAGCAAAUGGCAGCUGGAUCAAAUCUCACUUUAGCCGCCUUUCGGAAGAGAGGUUGCCCACCCACUGCUACGGCAGCAACUAUGGCCCCUCCCAUGAAAAUAGGCACGGGGAGGCCAACACCACCAUCCACAUGGAGACCCUCACCUCCACACACGGAGAAGGGGGCAAGGCUCUGCGCCGAGAUGCCUUUAACAGCAAACAGAAGGUGUCUGGGACCUCGGUGACCAAAGAGACCCAGAGGGAAUCAGGAAAGUCCCCGUCGAUGGAGGAUGCCGCAUGGGCUGCUGUGACAGCUUGCGCCAAGGAGAUCGAUGCCAAGGGGCAUUACCUGGCGAACUCCAUGCUGCAACGCGCCGGGACUUACCAGCACGUAGGCCAUGUGGAAUCCAGGGACAUCAGCCCAGAAGAGCUGAAGGCUCUGGAGGAGGUGGAGAUAAAGCUGAAAGGGAAUUUCCUCACUCAUCGGGAAACCACCAUAGCUGGUUCCAACCAAACACACAGUGUCCAUAGCCAGAGUCGCCAUGGUCACCAAAACCAGCGUAACCAUUCGAGCUACCAAAGCAACCAAAGUCAUCCUGUAUACUCCAGCCACCAGGGUCAUCAUCCAAGUCACUCCAGCCACCAGAGUCACCAGGGUCAUCCAGGUCACUCCAGCCACCAGAGUCAUCUGGGCCACUCAAACCACCAGGGUCAUCCAGGUCACUCCAGCCACCAGAGUCACCAGGGUCAUCCAGGUCACUCCAGCCACCAGAGUCAUCUGGGCCACUCAAACCACCAGGGUCAUCCAGGUCACUCCAGCCACCAGAGUCACCAGGGUCAUCCAGGUCACUCCAGCCACCAGAGUCACCAGGGUCAUCCAGGUCACUCCAGCCACCAGAGCCAUAGUCUGCCCAACCGCAGCCACCAAAUCUAUGACUCUUGAAGCCACUUAACCAUGUGCCCCUUCCCCCCAGCAGGGCUGGCUCACAUACACAGGCCUGUUUUCUCUUCUAUGGGGAAACGUGCGUGGUCCAGGGUGAGAGACUGCCACCCAAAUCCCUACUUCCGGCCCCAGCUGGCGUCAUGAGGGAGGAAGGGAGGCAGCUGCAGCAGCCCGAGGGCCCUGAAGACCCUGAGAGAAGACAUGAGGCAGAUCACAGGAGCAGCCACAAGCCCCGCACUGACUCCACAUGCCUGAUUGGAGCCAAUAAAGCCCUACACGCCCUCA